AUGAAGUAUAGCAACGAGAGGCAUGCAAAACUUGAGUUGAAGCUAAACUUAUCACCACCAAGGGCAAUUUUUCCAAGAGUAGUUUCACCUUCACCAAGCAGAUCAUCAUCAUCAUCUUCUUCUUCUUCAAUGGAGAGAUCAUCACCAGCAGUCAGCUCCUGUGUUUCUCGAGAACCGAGCCCCGACGAUCAAUUUAUCGGUUACCCUAGCAGCCCAGAAAUAACUUCAAUGAUGCUUGUGGGAUGCCCUAGAUGUUUAAUGUAUGUUAUGUUAUCAGUGCAUGAGCCAAAAUGCCCUAAAUGCAAGAGUACUGUUUUGCUUGAUUUUUUCCAUGAGGAAAGAAUCAAGAACUCAAAGUGA